AUGCUCGGACGGGUGUCGAUCAUCGAGGAAUCACAACCCAAGAUGGUCCGAAUGGCCUACUUGGCUUUGAUUGGUUCCCACAAAGUCAAUGGUGUUGCUGAGCUGCACUCUGAUCUGAUCAAAACCACUAUUUUCAAGGACUUUGUCAAGAUCUACGGACCUGACAAGUUCACCAAUGUUACCAACGGCAUCACACCACGCAGAUGGCUGCACCAGGCCAACCCCAGACUUUCAGAGCUCAUUGCUUCGAAACUCGGCGGCCAUGAGUUCUUGAAGGACCUGACUCUCCUGCACAAGCUCGAAGCGUUCGUUGACGACAAAGAGUUUAGAAAGGAGUUCCGCGAAAUCAAGUACGCCAAUAAAAUACGUCUAGCUCAGCAUAUCGAGGAGCACAACGGUGUCAAGGUCAAUCCAGCAGCCCUCUUUGACGUCCAGGUCAAGCGCAUUCACGAAUACAAACGCCAACAGCUCAACAUCUUCGGUGUAAUCCACCGCUACCUCCAGAUCAAGGCCAUGUCACCUGAAGAGAGGAAGAAGCUUGCUCCUCGUGUGUCCAUCUUUGGUGGCAAAGCUGCACCCGGAUAUUGGAUGGCAAAGACGGUCAUCCAUCUCAUCAACAAGGUCGGAGAUGUUGUCAACAACGACAAGGACGUUGGCGAUCUGCUCAAGGUCAUCUUCUUGGAAGACUACAACGUCAGUAAAGCUGAGAUCAUCACACCUGCCAGCGAUAUCAGCGAACACAUCUCUACUGCCGGUACUGAGGCCAGUGGCACAAGCAACAUGAAGUUCUGUCUCAACGGUGGCCUUAUCAUCGGCACCUGCGACGGCGCUAACAUCGAGAUCACCCGCGAGAUUGGUGAGGAGAAUAUCUUCCUCUUCGGUAACUUGUCCGAAGACGUCGAGGAUCUCCGCCACGCGCACUUGUACAAGCACUACGAGCUCGAGCCGCAGCUCGCCAGGGUCUUCGACCAUAUCCACAAAGGCACAUUUGGCGACGCUGAGCGCUUCUCUGCUCUGCUGAACAGCAUCGUCGAGCACGGCGACUACUACCUUGUGUCUGACGACUUCGACUCUUACAUCAAGACGCAAGAGUCGAUCGACGAGAGCUACAAGAACACCGAGGAGUGGACAACGAAGACGAUCUUGACAGUCGCACGUAUGGGCUUCUUCACCAGCGACAGAUGUAUUGAUGAGUACGCGGAGAGCAUCUGGAACGUUGAGCCGCUCAUUCCCAAAGAUGAGCCUGCGCCGUAG